AUGACCCCCAGCCUCACGGCCCUGCUCUGCCUUGGGCUGACUGUGGGCCUGAGGACCCCGGUGCAGCCAGGCACCCUCCCCAAACCCACCAUCUGGGCUGAGCCAGGCUCUGUGAUCCCCUGGGGGAGCCCCGUGACCAUCUGGUGUCAGGGGACCGUGGGGGCCUGGGAGUUCCGUCUGAAUAAAGAGGGACGCUCAGCUUCCUGGGACAGACAGCCCUCACUGGAGCCCAGGGACAAGGGCAAGUUCUCCAUCCCACACAUGACACAGUCCUAUGCAGGGAGGUAUCACUGUUACUACUUCAGCCCCACUGGCUGGUCCGAGCGCAGUGACCCCCUGGAGCUGGUGGUGACAGGGGUCCACAGCAAACCCACCCUCUCAGCCCUGCUGAGCCCUGUGGUGACCUCGGGAGGGAACGUGACCCUCCAGUGUGGCUCAUGGCAGGGACUGGACAGGUUCAUUCUGACUAAGGAAGGAGAACCCAAGUCCUCCUGGACCCUGGAUGCACAGCGACGCCCCGAUGGGCAGGCCCGGGCCCUGCUCCCCGUGGGUCCCGUGACCCCCAGCCACAGGUGGACGUUCAGAUGCCACGGCUUUUACAGGAACACCCCCCAGGUGUGGUCGGCUCCCAGUGACCCCCUGGAGCUCCUGGUCCCAGGUGUGUCUGGGAAGCCCUCCCUCCUGACCCCGCAGGGCCCUGUCGUGGCCUCUGGACAGAGCCUGACCCUCCAGUGUCGCUCUGACGUCGGCUAUGACAGAUUCGCUCUGUCCCAGGAGGGGGGACAGGCCCUCCCCCAGCGCCCUGGCCGGCAGCCCCAUGCUGGGCUCUCUCAGGCCGACUUCCCCCUGGGCCCGGUGAACAGCACCCACGGGGGCCGGUACAGAUGCUACGGUGGACACAACCUCUCCUCCGAGUGGUCGGCCCCCAGUGACCCCCUGGACAUCCUGGUGGCAGGAUGGUUCCCUGACACGCCCUCCCUCUCGGUGCAGCCGGGCCCCGUGGUGGCCUCAGGAGAGAACGUGACCCUGCUGUGUCAGUCAGGGAGCACAAGGGAAACUUUCCUUCUGUCCAAGGAGGGGGCAGCCCAGCCCCCACUGCGUCUUAGAUCAAAGUACCGAGGUCGGCCUUUCCAGGCCGAAUUCUCCCUGAGUCCUGUGACCUCAGCCCACAGUGGGACCUACAGGUGCUACAGCUCACUCAGCAGUAACCCCUACCUGCUGUCACACGCCAGUGACCCCCUGGAGCUCGCGGUCUCAGGUGACACCAUCCACCCACCACAAGACAAAUCAGAUCAAUUCCUACCCUCACACCCCCAACACUACACAGUGGAGAAUCUCAUCCGGCUGGGCAUGGCUGGCUUGAUCCUGCUGGGCCUCGGGAUUCUGCUCUUUCAGGCUCGACACGGCCACGGAGGAACCCAAGAUGCAGCCAGGAGCUGA